UGGCAACUCCACAUUUUAUAGCCAAGCUAAGAAAGGAGUAAAAGCAAAUACUCCGUAUCAAGGAUUUGAGCGGCAGAGUUAUUCUUACAAUUUUACAAACAUCCAGAAGUUGCUAUAAUACUCACUACCAAUCUAGCUAUUAGUGCAGGCGUGCAAUGAUAUCAAGGAUUAUCAUAUAGAGGGUGAUAGAGUUGGGCAAGGUAAAAGCUUCAUUGUUAUCAUACAAAUUGGAUGAUGGCAGUAUACUCAACAAUGAAGCACGAGAGAAAUGGGAAGACAAUGGAGAAAGGUCAAUGACACGCAAUACGACUGGUGGAAGUCAAAAGAAAGAACUUUCCCGAUUUUAGCACGGAUGGCUAAGCAAGUACUAUCAAUGCCGGUUUCAACAGUUGCUGUGGAACAAGAAUUUAGUUCGACCGGCAACGUCCUAACGGAAUCUAGAUCGAGAUUGAGCGCGGAGUCUCUUGAGACGCUUAUAUGCUACCACGAUUGGUUGAAGGCCGCACGUAGAACUCAAGAAUUGAGCAUCACCCCCUCCCAAGAUUUUAUGGAUGACUCAACAACCAAUGGUGGCUCUACCUAUGCC